AUGUCUCUCAUUACUUCUCAUUCCCAAUGCAAUCACGAGAGUUGCUCCUCUUCUUCAAACAGUUCGAAGAAGACUCGUAAACCAGCGAAGAUAUGGUCCGAAAAGGAAGAUUAUUUAUUAAAGAAAGGCGUUGAAGAGUUUGGUAAAAACUGUUGGAAGGCCGUUUCCCAAGUUGUUCCCGGUCGUACACGGAAACAAUGUCGCGAGAGGUAUUUAAAUCAUUUGGAUGAAAAUGUCCAGAAGACAGCUGCUUGGUCAAAAGAGGAAGACUCUUUGAUUUUGAAGAAACAGGAAGAGCUUGGAAAUCGAUGGACUGAAAUCUCAAAGUUUUUGCCUGGAAGAGCAGCAAACACAGUCAAAAACAGAUUCUUCUCAUACCUUUCGAAACUCAAGGAAAAAAGAAGAUCACCAUCAAACGUUGGAACACCUUCCGCGUUCGUCCCAGCAUCCCCUCGAGAUUUUGUCGUUUUGUAA